UAUACUCCACGUACACAUUUUCAAUUAUGUUUUCGAAAAAUAUCUUACUUCUUUUUUGUGUCGUAUGUUUUGUUGAGAAAUGUUGUAGUACCGAUAAAUGGCGAGAGAACUUAGAAAAGCAUCAUGACAAUGGCGAUGGUCUUAUCGACGCCGUUGAAUUACAGAAACUAAUAUUCCAAAAGUGCAAAGGAUUUGUCACCGUUCGCCUUGCAGACAUUUAUAUACCCUUCAUUAAUUUAAACGGAAGCAAUCAAAUAACUUUCGCAGAGUUCGAACGAAUGGCACCGCUAAUCAAUGUUUUGUCGGAGAGAGAAAAAUCAGAGGCCAAUGACGAUGUUAACGGUAAUAAAACUAUUUCGGUAAAACAAGCCCGAGAUGUAUUAUGGCGAGUAUUUUACGGACUGUUUGAGAAUAGGAAAGAAAUUUCGGAAGUAUUUAAGAUUUUCGGUCUAAACGAAGAAGAUCCAAUUGAAAGAGAAACGUUCGAGGAAAUAGAAGAAACGUUGAAGUCUACUCGAAAGUUGAACGAAACACACACGCUUUUUUGUUAUCUCGACAAGGACAAAAAUAAAGUUCUUAGCGCUGAAGAGGUGUCAACAGCUAUUAUUGAGAAAUAUGAUAUAAAUAGAGACAAUAAGAUUGAUUUUACAGAAUUUGUAAGUUAUUGCCAUAGACCUGGUGCCGGAGAGCAGGUGUUCAUAAUUCAGUUUGGUAAAUCACACAUAACUAGAGAAGAACUCAAUGAUUUCCUUUUUCGAGAAUUUAAAACACGACUUACAGUGUACGAUUUAGAUGAGAUAGAUCCUUCAAGUAAAAACAACAUAUCUUAUCAAGAUUUUAAAAAAUGGCUAAACAAGAUAUAGUGAGGAAAUACAUAAUUAUGCACAAGAAUAAUAACUACAUUUAAUAAACAUUUCACAUAAAAUAUGUCAAUAGGAA